AUUGCUUAAUUUACCUUAGCCUGCUUUACAUGACUCGACGUUUUCCGACUCCGGCUGUGAAGAACCCAUCAUAUUCUUCCAAAGAGGAUAGACGUGUGCGUAUUUCACAUGCUGUGAUAAUCCAUACCAUGAGAACACAGGCUAUCCCAGAAGUUGCUCCAAAAAUUUGUUUCAAACUUAUAGAUUAUUCAACAUAUCAGCAGAAGAAAUUGCAAGCCGACGGCUUCUUGCAAUCAGGGUAUCUCUUGAUCUACCUGAACGAAGAGGAUUUUUCAGGAAAUCUGGUGCAAAGGCAUCAUAAUGAGUUUGGAAUUGAUCUCGUUGCUUAUGUUCUGACCGUUUCCACCUCCACAUUUCAUUGGUUUACACAGAGCUGCACACUCGGUGAAGUUGGCGUGUCCACUGUGCCUGCGCAAGACAACAAAAUAAUUCUUGUCUACAGGCUGGAAUGCUGCGAUUUAAUCAGCUUAUGCGUCGGUGUGCUGAGACGGGAUGGGGUGGGUAGCUACUUUGAGUUUAUUGCAGACCCAAUCUCGGCACCGGUGGACAUGGUCGUCAAAAUUAUUUCGUUAGUUCCUCAAAAUCCAGUAA